CACAUCCAUGGAGAGGAUGUUGCAUACCCAGAGCAUUCAGCCAUGGGAAGUCAUGCCAGUAAAGAACAGCAGCUGCCUCGUUUGACUCCUACUAGGUAAAGCUGCAUUUAGCCCUGGAUCGGGACACUUUGGGGCACCCCUACAUUAAAGCUAGGGGCAGUCCAGGUUACCUGGCACUGCCAGGGCAAUGGCAAUUCUGUGACUGCAGCACUGGGAAGAUGCUGUGGAACUGCAAGGUUUUGGGAAGGGAAAUGAAUGAAACCUUCUUUUUAAUAAGGUUUCUGAAGGGUAGGAAAGAUUUAUGUUGUAAAAUCACAACACAUCUCACCUGAGAAGCAGAAUGCUCCCCAGAGACUCUGUGAUGCACUGUGGAGCCGGUAAAAACAUAUGCUAAUUUCUGCUGAAUUUUAUCCUCAGGGCUACACUAUCCCCCUGAAGAUGGACAUAAGCUCUUGCCAGGCUCAUUAGUAGACCAGGAUGGGACUGUUGGAGGAGUUCUGGCACCACAAGUACUGGCUGCCACCUGGAGCUACCUGGGAAGACAUGAAGGAGUCUGCUGACAUUCACUACCCAAAGCCCCAGGACCUCUUGCUCUGCAUCCCUGGUGCCCUGAUCCUGAUCAUUGUCCGAUACAUCUUUGAAAGAACCAUAGCUCUACCCCUGGGCAGGAGGCUGGGUGUGAGCAACAAGCCGAGGCGCAAAGCUCAGCCCAAUGCCACACUGGAAGACUUCUACAAUCUGAUUGGCAGGACCCCAAAGGAGGAGGAUUUGAUCUCGCUGGCCAAGCAAAAUGACCUGCCAGUCAAAAAAGUGGAGACCUGGUUCCGGCACCGGCGGGCCCAGGACCGUCCCAGACUGAUGAAGAAGUUCUGUGAGGCAAGCUGGAGAUUUAUAUUCUAUUUCACAUCAUUCUUCUCUGGGCUGGCUCUUCUAUAUGAUAAGCCUUGGUUUUGGGACCACACCGUGUGCUGGGUGAGCUUUCCACAGCAGCCUCUCCUGCCUGCGCUGGGCUGGUUCUACCUGUUGGAGCUCUCUUUUUACUGCUCACUGGUUGCCACCCUGCCUUUCGAUGUGAAGAGGAAGGACUUCAAGGAACAGAUCAUCCACCACAUCGCCACCAUCACCCUGAUCUUUGUCUCCUACUGUGCCAACCUUAUACGGUUUGGGAUGAUAGUCAUGCUGGUCCAUGAUGCCUCUGAUUAUAUUUUAGAGCUGGCCAAGAUGCUCCAUUACAUGAAAUGGAAGCGGGUCUGUGAAGCAGUCUUUGUUGUUUUUGCUGUGGUGUUCAUCAGUUCCCGGCUUGUCAUUUUCCCGAUAAUCACAUACUAUUACUUUUUGACAAAAUUUCAGAUGUUCCUCCUAAGCUGUCUGAUAAAUGCUUUCCUGAUGAUCCUGCAGUUGUUGCACAUUUUUUGGUCCUAUCUAAUCCUCCAGAUGGUCUUUGGUGUCGUCCUCCAUGGUGCGAAAAGGAAAGACGCAAGAAGUGACACUGAGGAAAGCGACAGGAGUGAAGCAGAAGAUCUGGCAAAGAGCAAAGAGUAACGUGGGUCUCAUUGCAAAAUACCAAGAGCCAGACAGACUCUUAAAAGUAGGAAGGCUGAACAGGACCACGAGGGGGAGGCCAGACAGGCUCACACAACCCUUCGCAGCCGUAUAUCUGAGGCAUCAUCCAACAUCUAGAUGAAAGAAAAUUUCAUCGUAUAGUUUCCAGGCAAUAAGUAACUUUAGAAGAUGUUUUCUUCACCUCUCCAGUUGGAAACAUCACUUUAUUACUACUCUAUCCAGGAAAAAAAUG